CCGGCGGCCGGGCGGGGGGGGGGGGCGCGGAGCCGGGCUCCGGCCCGGGCUCGGCGCCUGUCAAACCCCUCAUUGUUCGCAGCUGAUGUCACUCGCAGUUGUGCGCGGCCGCCGCUGCCGGGGACAAUGUGGGACUGAGCGGCCCCGCCGCCGCGCCGCCGCCGGACAGCCCAGCGAGAGCCGGCCAGGCCGCAGCCCCAGGCCCAGGCCGCGGUGGGCCGGGCCCCGCCUGACAGGAUGAGCAGCUCGGACGCGGGGCUGGAGGAGGAGCCGGAGCUCAGCAUCACGCUCACGCUGCGGAUGCUGAUGCACGGGAAGGAGGUGGGCAGCAUCAUCGGGAAGAAAGGGGAGACGGUGAAGCGGAUCCGGGAGCAGAGCAGCGCCCGGAUCACCAUCUCCGAGGGCUCCUGCCCUGAGCGCAUCACCACCAUCACCGGCUCCACCGCGGCCGUCUUCCACGCCGUCUCCAUGAUCGCCUUCAAGCUGGACGAGGACCUCUGCUCUGCCCCCGCCAACGGGGGGACGGUCUCCAGGCCUCCAGUGACCCUUCGCCUUGUCAUCCCCGCCAGCCAGUGUGGCUCCCUGAUCGGGAAGGCCGGCACCAAGAUCAAGGAGAUCCGAGAGACCACGGGGGCCCAGGUGCAGGUGGCGGGGGACCUGCUCCCCAACUCCACAGAGCGUGCCGUCACCGUGUCCGGGGUGCCCGACGCCAUCAUCCUGUGUGUGCGCCAGAUCUGCGCCGUCAUCCUGGAGUCCCCACCCAAAGGGGCCACCAUCCCGUACCACCCCAGCCUCUCCUUAGGCACCGUCCUUCUCUCCGCCAACCAGGGCUUCUCCGUCCCGAGUCAGUACGGGGCUGUGACCCCAGCGGAGGUCACCAAGCUCCAGCAGCUCUCGGGCCACGCGGUCCCCUUUGCCUCCCCGAGCCUGGUGCCAGGACUGGAUCCUGGCGCGCAGACCAGCUCCCAGGAGUUCUUGGUUCCCAACGACCUCAUUGGCUGCGUGAUCGGGCGCCAGGGCAGCAAGAUCAGCGAGAUCCGGCAGAUGUCGGGGGCGCACAUCAAGAUCGGGAACCAGGCGGAGGGCGCCGGCGAGCGGCACGUGACCAUCACCGGGUCCCCCGUCUCCAUCGCUCUGGCUCAGUACCUCAUCACUGCCUGUCUAGAAACGGCCAAGUCUACCUCUGGGGGGACGCCCAGCGCGGCCCCCGCAGACCUGUCUACCCCCUUCUCGCCGCCCCUGACGGCCCUGCCCACGGCUCCCCCUGGCCUGCUGGGCACGCCCUACGCCAUCUCCCUGUCCAACUUCAUCGGCCUCAAGCCUGUGCCCUUCCUGGCUCUGCCGCCCGCCUCCCCGGGGCCGCCGCCCGGCCUGGCGGCCUACACUGCCAAGAUGGCAGCGGCCAACGGGAGCAAGAAGGCCGAGCGGCAGAAGUUCUCGCCCUACUGAGUGGCUGGGGCCCAGUGCGGGAGCAGGCAGGACCCGCCUGCCUGCGGAGACCCCGCCCGGGGUCCCCAUCACCACUAACGCUCAGCAGCAUGGAUGCACCCUGCCUGGCCCCGCUCUGGGGGAGCCCUCGUGCUCAGAGUGGGUGCAGUUUCUGGCCCAGGGUUCUGGGGGCUGCGCGGUCCCAGCUAGGGGCUCCACCCCCUGCAGCUCUGUGCUUGGGUGCAGGGAGCACCCUUAGUGCUCCCACUUUGGGGGUCACUCAUGCACUCCCCAUUCCUUAGGGCUUCCCAGCCUACUGCCCCCUUGUGGGGCUCAGGGAGGAGGGCUGGGCGGGGGGGGGCUGGGGGCCACGCUUCUCUCCCCACCUCCCCGCAGGUUCCUGCUGCUUCCACGGAUAACCCUUUUGACUGGAAUGGACUGGCUGGGCUUGGCAGAGGGCCACCCAAACAGGGGGCUCGGCCAGGCCGCUCGGGGGUCCCCGGGGCGGGGCUGAGUUCUCAGCAGCAGACACUGUACAGUUUUUUCAAUCCCUGUUUUUGAAUAAAUAUUCUGAAACCAGGAA